CACUACAUCUACAUCUAAAGACCGAUUUCAGCCGACAGCCUUCAGCAACGACGAGUUGGCUCGCCAUCUUCUGCAAUCUUCCAAGCCCACGCGCAAUGAGACCCCCCCUAUGGCGGCCGGUCUUUCGGCCUCUCAAUCCGUCCAGUUGUUGCUCACGCAACCUCCUCUCCCCCCGGAUACAUUCCCCUCGCAAGCCCGUGGUAGCUCCAUGCACAUCCCCCUUCUCCACAACAGCUCGGUUAGGAAAGAGGAGUAAAGGCAAGGCAAAUGCAGCAGAUCCACGCGUCACCGCCAUCCGCUACCACCUGCAACACCCCCUAACUCCCCGUCCCCUCCACUUCUCUCGCACCCGCUACCUCCGCCACUGGACCAUCCACCGCGCAUGGAUGCUUUUCUUGCGCAAGCGGCGCCGAGCCGAGGAGCUCGAACUGGAGCGCCAGUAUGAGUCGAUGCGCGCGGCGUGCGAACAUCUGCGCCUCAUGGACGACAAUGGCAUGACCGUGCCCCCGGCCGAGGCUGGUGGCCAGGGUGCUGAUCCGGGAACGCUGGGUCCCAGAGGCAAGGAGGUGGGCAGAUUGUAUCGAGGCGCCAUGAGGAAGGUUGGUAUCUGGGGGAGCGUGCCUGUCGAGUAUGCUAGAGCGCAGGUGGAUUUCCCCUCGAGGGAGGGAUGGAAUCAUGGCUGGACAAGAUAGGCGAUGAAAAGCGAGGGCAUCUUGUACAAAGGACUAGGUGGCCACGUUGUGUGUAAGAUAGAUACCAGCAGGUACGGUAGGGCCAUGUAAUCCUAUCAGAAACAGCACAGUGGCAUCUGAAGAAGCUACCGCACAUGCGCGGGUUAGAACAGGCAGCUAUUCAAAGCCAGUUAUUACGUCCGUCUUCAUUAUGUAGCAGAGGUAAGCC